AUCAUUCAUCAAAGAAAACCCUAGUUCCCUCUCUCCCUUUCAUAUAAAUUUUGCCUUACAUUCUUCUACCCUUCUCCUUGCACGAUUUCUGCAGCGGCAAAUUCUCGUAGAGCUCCACAAAGGGGAAGCUACUUCGGCCAUCUUUUUCGUAAACAUGUCUGGUUCAAGGAGGAAGACCAGGGAGCCUAAGGAAGAGACUGUGACUCUUGGUCCUGCAGUGAGGGAAGGCGAGCAUGUGUUCGGUGUGGCUCACAUUUUUGCCUCAUUUAACGAUACAUUUAUUCAUGUGACUGAUCUUUCUGGGAGGGAAACUCUUGUCCGCAUUACAGGUGGUAUGAAGGUGAAAGCUGAUAGGGAUGAGUCCUCCCCCUACGCAGCUAUGCUUGCAGCACAGGAUGUUUCCCAAAGAUGCAAGGAACUCGGUAUUACUGCUCUUCAUAUUAAACUGCGUGCUACCGGAGGAAACAAGACCAAAACACCUGGUCCAGGUGCCCAAUCUGCACUACGUGCUCUUGCUCGUUCUGGGAUGAGGAUUGGACGCAUAGAGGAUGUGACUCCAAUUCCAACAGACAGCACUCGCCGAAAGGGUGGAAGAAGAGGAAGAAGGCUGUAAGCUUACUCCGGGAUUCCUACUAUUAUGGCUGUGUCGAUGGUUUCUCUGUGGUUCUGAUGCUCCUUAAGCUUUGCGGACUUAGUUUUUCAGAACUCCAACUUGGUUUUUGAUUAUUGUUUUGUCAGGGAUGUUUUGUCUUCGAUUUUGUUUUAUGUUGAACUUAGACAAUGAAAGAGGAAUUUUUGGCUUUAGAUUAACAAAUCAAUACAAUGCCCUUUGGUCUUAUUAUUAUUGAAAGAAAAUGGUGCGAUGUCGUUCAAUCCCA